AACUCGCGAUAUCUCUAGUUGCCGAGAGGAUUAGAAGGGGAAGUGAUCUCGCGAAGAGGAGUCGAAGCGCUCGCGAGAUCUCAGACCACUGGAUCCGAAAGGUUCUUAAAUCGAAGGGCCCGGAGGAGGCCCGGGACAAAUGGCCGGAGCUGGACCAGCAAUGCUUCUACGAGAAGAGAAUGGCUGUUGCAGCCGGCGUCAAAGCACCUCCAGCGCCGGGGACUCUGAAGGGGAACGCGAAGAUUCUUCGGCUGCGCGUGCCCGGCAGCAGCUGGAAGCACUGCUCAACAAGACCAUGCGCAUUCGCAUGACAGAUGGACGGACGCUAGUCGGCUGUUUCCUCUGCACAGACCGCGACUGCAAUGUUAUACUGGGCUCGGCUCAGGAGUUCCUCAAGCCGUCGGAUUCCUUCUCUGCUGGGGAACCCCGUGUCCUGGGCCUGGCCAUGGUACCCGGCCACCACAUCGUUUCCAUUGAAGUGCAGAGGGAGAACCUGGCAGGGCCUCCUUAUCUCUGAUCAAGAUCACACCAUCCUGACUUCAUUAAAACUGUAACCGAA